GCUGAGGAUUCCUGAGUAUUUAGACCCUGGGUCUUUUGAUAUGCUGGCCCAAACUUAAUGUUAGGAUAGGACGUCCAGAUAGAUCACGCUCUAGAAGUAGAUCGCGCUCUGUUCGUCGCGAGAGGGACACUUUCGCUACAAUUGGACGCCGAGCAGCGAGUGAGGAGCGCGGACGUGGGAGAAAGGGACCUAUUAACUGGAAAAUGGACUACUCGAGUGAGGAAGACAGCGAGAGUACUAUAGAGGAAGUAGACGCAGAGAUGGCGAGUAUGCAAGUCGAGCAUCCCGAAGAAGCCGGCGACAGUGUGAGGCCAUUGAGAGAUUCGAGUAGGUCGCUCCGCCAUACUUCCAAUUCACGCUCCCGGUCACGUUCACGAAGCAGAGUGCGCACAGCACGAGCACAUCCCGCGCUCUCAGCCCUUUGGUUCAAUAGAGCCGGGACAACUGUUGACAGCGUAGAGGUUAUACUUCCAGACACAGAUCAACGCGAGAAGUUAGUGGAUCACCCGCAGACCUACUACUGCCUCGCUACCGAACCGCCUUUGAGGAAGGUCGAGCUUCAAGUAGGCGACCACGUCAGUCGCGUUGAGAAUGACGAGGGGAUCACAGUUUGCGAUGUCGUCGAUGAAACACUCAACACGAUAAAUUAUAUCAUAACAAAUGCGGCAGUAAGUGAUGAUGGUGAGAUGGAUCCAGCUACGACCCUUGUCUUGGAUGGCAGAUUGAAGAGAAUACAAUAUGUCGAGCCGGAGACACUCGAAUGUAUAUUUGAACUGUAAAUUGUAGUAAUUGUCUUCGUUUUGAGCAUUUUUAACUUUAUAUCGCUAUGGAGUGUUUGUAGCUCUUGUAAGCAACCAAGAGCAACUGAGAGC